UAUUCAUUCUCUGUCCGUGUUUAGCACGGUGCGCGCGUAUACGUGUGCAAUAUUUUUUCGUACAAAUACGUAAUAUACUAUAAGUACAUGAUUCUUCACAUUUAUAUCAAUUCCAUUAAUUAACAUUAGUGAAAACAGUGCGAAAAGUGUAGUGCCAUUUAAUUAUGUAAACAAACAUUAUAAAUUGGUGCAAAGGAACGGGUACAGGUUCUGCAAGAUGUAUGAGUAACCAAUGACCGCAGGGCAUCCCUGCGCGGCGGUGGGCAGGGUGGGGGGAAGGGAAGACCUGAUUACGCUGCACUGGGUUCUUGCCUUGUCUUACGCCGGAUCAAAAGAGAAUGACGAGUAUACAAAUCGCGGGUAAGAUGCCGUUAACACAAGAAAAACGUUUGGACAGUAACUUUGCUAACAACAAUGAUCACAGUUAUUUGCAUAAGAAGUUUAAAAAAAUGGCAUCUUCAAUUUCUGUGUUUCCGCCAAACCUGCCAAAGGGUGAGGAAACAAGACAGAAAGAUAUACAUGUUAUGCAAAAUACUUGCAAUAUUUCAAUUUCUAAUGGAAGUAUUGCCGCAGCUCACCCGGAGAUAGAAAAAAUUAAAGCAAAACACGGCGAGCAAAUAGAUGUUCAGGAUGUGGAGCAAAAUGUACAAAUUAAUUAUAAUGAUGAAAAUAGAAUAAGUAGUGUAAAUAAUAUUGUUCAAGUAUCUGGUCAGACCAGUUUUACUGAUGAAUUUUUAAAUAAGACUGAGAACAAUGAAAACGAUUUUAUCAGGGAUGCCUACAAUGGAUCUGUAGGUGGGCGUUACAUAUGCCCUUAUUGUAAAUUAUCUUGUGCCAAGCCUUCAGUUCUUCAGAAACAUAUCAGAGCUCAUACGAAUGAGAGACCUUAUCCUUGUGUGCCCUGUGGGUUUGCCUUCAAAACAAAAUCUAACUUAUACAAACAUCGUAGAUCUCGCACACAUGCUUUAAGGUUACAGGGUGCGGAUGUAUCAAUAACAUUAAACGAGGAUGAUUUGUCAGGUGGAUCUGAAAGCGAUACACCUACAUCAGUGUCUGAAGCCGGGUCUGACGUUUCCAGCGUUCGAUUGGAAAGUUUCGAGCCGAAUAAAUUAUCACCAGACUCUCCUGAAAUUAUUAAUGAAAGUGUAUCAAUACACACGAAUGCGUUAUCGAAUGAAAAUGUUAAAUUAAAAACAAUAUACAAGCCAAAAUUUCGAGCAGGCGCAGCGUUUUAUCGUGAUUCUGAUGAAAAAGAUAUAAUUAAGAAAUCAAUUUCACCUAAUGCAGAUUUUCUUACGGAACAUAUCUCUAAAAUUAUCUCAGAUAAUGAAGCCAUUGUAGAUGUUAUAGAAACACCAUUACAAAAAAAAUAUGGCAAAAUUAAACAGAUUGCAGAAAGUAAGCAGUUUAUAACUGAUACAUUAGAUAUCAAAUGUGAGCCUUCUCCGUUAAAUUUGACAAAAAGCAAUCACGAAACCGAAAAUUCUUUUAGGAAACGGUCGCAUUCCGAAAGUUUUUCACAGAGUGGUCAUCAAAAACACCCGCUGAAUCCUGAAGGGUCAAUAAUAAAAGAUCUUCUCCUAAAAACAAAAAUGAACGGAAUGGUUCCAGUUGCGGGUGAAUUGAUAGAUGGACCACUAUUCGUUUGUCCCUUAUGUCAAAUUAUUUAUCGAAGUGCAGAUAACCUAGAAACACAUAGAAUGUAUUAUUGUAAAGGCAGCAUUGGUAAUAACAUUGAUGAACGAAAAGAUAUAAAAGUGGUUAGACCAGAAAAUAUUUUUGUUAGAAGUAACUCUGUGAAUGUGAGACUACCUGAAACAACUUCCAAUUCUUAUUCAAAAACAAAUCUUUCAAUAAAAUCUGCUGCCAGAAUGAAACCAGAUAAUUUAAUUAUUGUAAAACCGGAAACGAACGACGUCAUAGCGCCUUUACCAUCACCAGGUCCGUUGUUGGGUAAUACAAGGCUUGUGGACCCUAGAGCACCCACCGACUUUUCAAGGAAAAAUGACAGCUUAAAAAUAAAACCUUCCGCUAGCCCCAAACGAAGAAUUGAUUGCAGUACAGAUAUUUAUAGUCCGAGAUUGGCAGAAAACAUAUCCCCAAGAACGGUCGAUAUGUAUUCCCAACCUAAAAUACGUUGCAUUGAUGUCAAUUCUGCAACUUUACGUGCCAUUGAUGAAAUGUCUCCUCACAUUAGAAAUAACUCUACAUCGCUUCAAAUGUUUGGUGGCGAAGUGAAAAUCGUCGAUCAUUCUGGUAGUACGACAACUUUACGAAUUGAGCCUAAUAAAAACCAGCUGUCACCUAUACUUAUUCAGCCUAAUCUUUCUCCAUCAAAAAUGUUAGGUGAAGAAGCAAGUAGCAUAGUUGUGAGAUCCGGGUUACACUCCGGAGGUACAAUUAUGCACAAUCCGCCAACGCCUAAAGAAACCCUGGGUACGCCGCAACCGCAAACACCAAGAAUAUCAAUAUCAUCAACUCCCGGCAUCCCAAGUUCUAAUUUACCUAAUAUUCACGAUAUAACGCAUUUCCAGUUUCCACCACUAAGUGCAAUAACGGCAUAUAAUCCCUUAACGUUACCGCCUCUCAGUCCAUCAAAUUCACCAAAUGGAGCAACAACGAUUUUGCAUGGUGGAAAACUAAUACCACAUGUACCGGGAAUACCAGGACCGAACACACCUGGCGUCUUUGUGGGAAAUGCAAAUGUGUCCUUGAAAAAUUUACCUAAUGAUGUUCAUAAAAAUCUAGUGCAAACAAUACGUGAUGAAAACCACGGUUCAAUCAAUCAGAUACAAUCUAUAAAGACUUCCCAGACAAUAUCAAAGUAUGAAACACAAAUGCGAUCCGCCAAAAGUCCCAAUCUAAGAGUACCCCAGUUAGAUCUUGAAAAGCAAAUUCAAUCUCAAGAUACUUAUAAUAACGACGUUCAUUAUGUAUCUGCAAUUCCUACAAUUAAAGUUAAGAGUGUAGAAGAAUCAAAACCGUAUAUAAUAAAUAGCACUAUGAAACCUAUUUCGAGACAAGACAUUGGUGUUAAACGAAAUUCAGAUGGCGUACCUAGAACUCCGGUGUUGAAAGAAAAUAUAAAUUACUCUAUAAAUAAAACAAAAGUAAGGGAUAAAUUAAGCAACAAUCUUCUUAUUAAAACUGUUGACACUAAACCUGAGAAAGAAAUUCGUAAUUUUAAUUUUGAGAAUCUUAUCACCAAAGCUGAAAUAUAUAACAAUCAAAUACCAAGUUCUUCGGAAGUUCAAAAAAACAUAAGUGCUCACGAGACAUCAAAUUUAAAUGUACAAAAUGAACGAUCCGAAACAUCAUAUUUCCAAAAGAAUGCAAUGGCAAAAUCAAACAGUGAUGAAAGAAAACCAAAAUUUUUAAGACCCUCCACUUUGCCUCUUAAACCAGGUACAUUUACGCCUAAAAGACAUCACGGUAUCACUCCUAAUGCGAAUACUAUGCCAUUGGUCUCACCGGAAACUCCACGACCUGCUAAGGCCUACGGACAACUUUAUCUAAACGGAAAUGCAUAUACUUAUCUGGGCCUCAAAUGUUCAACAAAAGUAUUUUACUGCACAAUCAAUCGUCCUCAACCGACUUAUGUACCAAAUCAGCAUUUUCUAUCUAUGUACAGCAAUUGGCAGUUACUAUCCGAGCUGACGCCAGACCCCUUGGGCUUGUCAGCAUCAUCUGCCAUGUCUUUAUAUGAUUCACGUCAUCGACCUCAAACUGUAGCUGUAGCAGUUAACAAACAGGAUCUUAUAUUGACCCAUUCAUCACAAUGGAGUAAAAUUUCAAAGGAGAACAAGCAGAGCAUACAAUCAAUGGAUAUAAAGAAAAUCGAAGAAUCGAAGUUGCAACAGAUUUCUGAGAAUAUAACGACCUCUAAAAAGGAAUUGACUGGUGGAUUUGAGAGCAAUGAAGAAUAUACUUAUGUCCGCGGUCGUGGCAGAGGGCGAUAUGUGUGUUCCGAAUGUGGAAUACGCUGUAAAAAACCUUCUAUGCUUAAAAAGCAUAUUCGGACUCACACUGAUGUGCGUCCUUAUACCUGUAUACAUUGUGCUUUUAGUUUUAAAACAAAAGGUAACUUGACCAAGCACAUGAAAAGUAAAGCUCAUUACAAAAAAUGUUGCGAACUAGGAAUAAAUCCAAAUGAAGGUGAUGUUGAAAUUGGAGAAUCGGCCCAAUGUUCAGGGGAAACCGAUGAUGAUACUGAAUCAGAUGGCGACGAGGGAAAUGAAGGGGAAACAGAAUCCAGCGACACAGAAGUCUGUAAAUCACGAUUGCCAGAACACGAAGCUGCACAUUGUUUAUUGUCUCUGGGAGGCUCUAGACCUACCACGUCAGCUACACCAGGUUUAAUAACCAGUGCAAGACCGACCACUUAUCCUUAUACACCCGCUGGCUUUGAAACAACUCCACUGGAGGUGGCUACUGAAAAACUUAGCAUAGCUAGAAGCGCUUCCAUUGACUCAAGAAUGGAGGUAGAAAAUGAACCGAUUGAUCUCAGCAAAAAUGAUGUAAAAACUCCUAACAUUCCUGAAAUUCCAACGGCAAGAGAAUCUAGUGUUCUAGCAUCUUUAGCUUCUAAUACUGCAAAAUUGCCACAAGCACAAGCUCAAUGGUCAAAUGGAGAACCUAUGUUACAUACCUAUUUAACAGAAAGAGCACUUUUCGAUUCUAAAAUAAAACAAAGUCAGUUAACAUGCAGCUUAAGUAAAAUAAAGAAUAUUGACUUAAAUGAGAAUUCCACCUACACAGAUAGUUAUAAUCUAGGAGACAGUAAUACAGCUGAGGUAGUUAAAAAUGUUAAUAAUGUGCCUAUAUCAUCAACUGCAACUACUAACGACGCUGUAAAGCCAGCUCAUGCUAGUGAAAGUGAACAUUCAAACAACCCUAUAUCAACAAUUUCUAAAGAAGAAAAUAUAGCAAUGAAAAGAGAUUCUUCCGUUUCGCCAAACACAGCACUCGAUACCAAAAAGUCACAUGUACAGAAUAAUACCAAUGCAGAGAAUGCUAAACACGUAGUUUCAGAGUAUCUAAAACAGGCCAGAUUCAAUCUUGCUAAAACACAAGAUGAAGUGUCUCAAAUACAGAAUGAUAUUACAAGCGAUGACAGCAAUAACGUAAAUUCGAUAAAUGAAGACAAUGUUAAGCCUGAUGACGUCAAUAUUUCAGAAUCUGAUACAACAAAACUUGUGCCUAUGGAGCAUGACCCAGUUGCAACUAAAGUAGUGAUUGGUGUUGGAGGAGUUGCUUUUAAAGUGUCAAAAGGAAAAGAAUUCGAGAAUACAUCUUAUUCCCCAGGGAGACUCAUGGAGGACGGUCGUAGAGUAUGUGAUUUUUGUAACAAAACAUUCACAAAACCUUCCCAAUUGAAGCUUCAUCUUAACAUACAUUACAUGGAAAGACCCUACAGAUGUAGUGUGUGCGCCGUAAGUUUUCGUACCCGAGGACAUUUACAAAAACACGAACGUUCAGGUUCUCAUCAUAAUAAAGUGUCUAUGACGUCAACAUUUGGAGCCGCAACGUCGUUUAACCCCCGACCUUUUAGAUGUUCUGACUGCAAUAUUGCUUUCAGAAUACACGGUCAUUUAGCUAAACACUUAAGGAGCAAAAUGCAUGUUAUGCGACUUGAAUGUUUAUUUAAAUUGCCCUUCGGAACGUUCACUGAAAUAGAACGCGCGGGUGUUAGUUUGACAGAUAUUGACACGACUGACUGUGCGAGCUCGCUAGCAAGCUUACAAACGCUUGCUCGAAAGCUUCACGAGAAAGAUCCAACAAAAUUGGAAUACCGUGAGCCAAACGGCGCGGCUACGACGGCGUCAGCCACGGGUAGAGAACACUCGGACGACGAAGAUAAUGCGUUUUGCGAGAACAUUUGUGAUGGUGAAAAAGAUAGUGGGGUAAAAACUAUUGAAAAUAGUGAAGGCCAGGAUAAAGAAACACGAGUUAACUGUUGUGCCACAGAUAUUUAGUGCCAAAAUUAUAUUAAGUAGGAUGUUUUAAUGUGCAAUUUUGUUUGUUAUUAAUUUAAGGUGUAACUAUUCAUCAUGGGUUCUAACUCAGACACAUGUGAAAACAAAAUGAUGCGCUUUAACUAUAUUAUUGUAUCUUAUUUCAAUGUAAUUGUGAAGAUAUAUUUUGUAAAUAUCUCAAAAAUAAUUUUAUCCUUGUUAAAUUUGCUUCCAUUGUAAAGCUUACGUAUUAUUAUAUUUGUUACUUGUAAUUGUGUAAUAGAAAUAAUGUUUGUUGGCUACCUUUGGAAUGGAAUCAACAAAAUAUGAUGCAAAAUUGAAACGGAUGACUGGUGACGGCAAGAUCCGUUCACAUGUUUUUAAAUCUUGUGGUCCAUGCUUAAAAUAUCAAUGAAACAUAUUACAAAUUCUUAAUGUACUCAGGUAUAUCUCGAUAAGUAGGUACCGCUAUUACUGUUUGUAUGUAUUUUUAUAAAACAUAUUCUAUAAUGUAUUUACAAUGUGUAACGUCUACUUCCAAUCCUUUAUCGUUAAAACAAUUGGCAUAUCAACUAUCAAGUCCCAUAAACUAAAUUUAGAUAUAGAAGGAAAAAAAACUUCAAGUGUCUUCCAUAUCAAAAAUAGUAUUUGUUUUAGAUAUUUUGUUUUACAAAUUAAUCGUCACAAGAAAAUGUGACUUUAAUAGUAAGCAUUUGGGUUGUUUCCAAAUUAUGCGUUUAUCAUCUAUUUUUUGAAUACACUUUCAACUAGUUGACACGCGACCCAUUUAUAAAAUAUUGUACCUAAUGUAAAAUAUUAUUGAGAUAAGUUUUAUUUGUUAUAAACAACAUUUUAAAUCAAUUUAUUAUGGAACUAAGAACUACGUACUUUAUGAAUAUCAUCGUACAUAAGUAUCUUUGUGUGCAAACUAUUCUAAUGUGUAUUUAAAAAAUAAAUCGCUUUUACAAAUAUGUUGGUACAGAGUUAUUUCCGAUUAGGGUCUAUUCAUACAACAUACGUUUCUAACCGGGUUACGGCUUGGGAGUGUUUUUUGAUUGGAACAAAAUUAUUGAACCUGCCUAAUAUGUUUAAUAUAAAAAAAAAUAGGUACUUAUAUACACUAUACGCGUUCACAUACAUACGUCGCCAUAUCUUCGGUAUUUAUUAGUGUUAAUAUUUAAAAAAACGUGCACGAUGUUGAACAUAUCUUAGGGGUGCGUCCAAAUCUGACGAUGAGUUUGCGAUAGGUUCGCGAACCGCAGCCCGCCGGUGCUCUAUUAUUGGUGAGGUUGAUAUAUCAUUCAAAUAAAUCUUACAUCAGCGUGCAUAAGGAGAUAAUGAAUUGCGCAUGCGCUGCAUAUGCGCAAUACAAGCGCAAUAUGCAAGCCAUCAAGUACUUAUAGAUCCGCGAGAAAAGUUGCAGAAACUGCAUGCGAGUGGCGCGCGUGCCGCGCUUUCGCCAUAUUUGGACGCAUUCUUAGCGAUCGAUUCCCCCGUAACCCGGUGUGUAUGAAUAAACCCAAAAAUAAUAACGUUGAAUUAGAAUUUAUUACUGCCAACGCCCAGCGGACCUUACAGGACUAUAGAGGAUUAGUUUUAAGCUUAAUUAUAAUACAUAGAAAUAUUUAUAACUUUAGAGUUCGUACCCCAUUGAAAUUCCAACUUGAAAUGUGUCGAUUUACAAGUCAUACAUUAUUUUACUCUUGUACGUCUGUCACACAUACGCGGGGUAUUUGGGCCGCAAUAAAACGUGUGUUGCCCAUAAUAAAAAAUAGAUAUGCAUGCUUUAGAAAUGAAUGAGUAGGGAAUUUGAUGGUUAUUAUUCAUCCAUGGCGGUAAUCCUCUCGUUUUAUUGAUGGUAUAUAUGGAACAAAAUUAUGUACAUUAACUUUUUAAGAUCCCCUUAAAUAGCUACCAUAAGAAACGUAUAUAUUUACCUAAAUAUCUUUGGAGUAACAUAUGUAUUAAUUAAUUAUUGAUUUGAGUUUGAUUUGGCUAAUAACGUGUGGCUCCUUGUCAUUUCUCUAUUUAUAUAUAACCAAUUCCAAAUAAAUACAUUAUGCAGACAUAGGUAAACAAGGCUCCACGUUGGAAUUGACGAUAUAUUAUUCUAGCGAAUCAGUAUCAUUGUGCAGUUGGCGCCACGUAACAACCGCUGGAACUAACAAUAAUACUUAAAUAAAUUCAACAUUUCAAUUCGCCUUUACACGCUCCUAAUUGUUCACUUUUUCUUUUUGUGAAGUAAAGCACAUCCCGUUAUUAUAUUUAUUAUUUUUUAUUUUUAUAGACUGCCUCAGUGGCAUAGUUAUGAUUGUACACGGUGCGAGUACAACUACCGCGCUGAGGUCCGCAGCUUGGGUCGGGCUAAAGUAAUUGUGACUGGUUUUUCCAUUUUAAAAAUUACUCGGCCGUAGCUCGGAGCCAGGAAGUUGGCGGUGUAAUAACCCCGGGUAUCGGAAAGCACGUAAAGCCGUUGAUCCUGCGCCUGAUCUCUCUCCGCCGUGGCCGAAAUUCGGCUAGGAAGAAUUCAUUCGUUAAUUCAUUAUGUUGGUAGGAACCAGGAAGUGUAAUAGCGAUUUGAAAUUUUGAAUUUGUUAAGCCACUUGUAUGGAUGAUUAAAUAUACGUACUUUAUCCGGCUCCAGAGAACAUAAAUACAUUAUAUGUAAAUGUACAUAAUGUAAAUUUUCUCGAAGAUGCCGAUGUCAUUGAGAACAGGCAAGAGAGCAAUAGCGUUUGAUUGUAUAUAAUUUGCUAUAUGCGUAAAGCUUCCGGUGACAAGACGUGGCUUCCGUUGGUUGAUGGUAAGAACUUACAUCACCUAGUUUUGUAUUGCUAUUCAGGAUAAGUUACCAGUUUAUUAACACGUGGACACACGCAACUUUACAAUCGCCUUCAAAUCAUAUUCCGGAGUUUCGAUGUUUGACACGCCCGCACACGGCACAGAUACGCAAGAAUGGGUGCGCUUGACAAUUAUGUAUGAAAAAAUACGAACGCUAAGUUUUUGAUGUAAUUAAGCUUAAAAUUACCUUGCGUCACUUAUUUAAACUGAGUGUUGGCUUUCAAAAUUGAAUUUGGACUUCAGAUUUUAAAAUUAAUACCUUGUUUGUAAGUAAUGGAUUGUUUAGUUUACCCAUAUCAUGGAACUUGAUAAAGUCUAUAAUGAGCUAUAACAUAAUAUAUCAUAGCUGCUGUAAUGGUCUAUUGAUUAUUAUACAUUGGCUAAACCUAUUAUAUUAAAAUCCCGCGGCUAUGCGGUUCUGCUAUUUGUAUUACUGUUUGAUCAUACAGAAUGGCACAAUGUUAGCCAAACUCAUGCAAUAUCGCUAUAAUGUAAGUUUGUACAUAUUAUAAUAUGCUAAUUAUAUAAGCGAAGUAUAUAAAUAUUACUUAUCUCUCGUACUAUAUACAGAGUAAGAUAUAUUAUUACUUCAGUUCAACCCACCAAACGAGGUUGGAAUGAAAAGAGUGAUGAGCCUGCAAGUGUAUCAUGAUAUAAUAGGAGUUUGCUAACAAUGUGCCAUGAGGAAGUAGCUAUUAUUGAUAUGUAUGGAUGAAAUGUGUACCCUCGACUAUUGUAGAAUGUUAGAGCGUAAUUUUCUGAUGUUUAUCCUAUGAAAGGGAUUAAUUUUAUUAAAUUGUUACAAUAUCUUUGUAAUGAAUUACAUAAUUAUAAUACAUUAUUUAA